AUGAUUCAGCAGGCAGACAUUGACCAACUGAGUCUCUUUCACACCUCGCAUUUCCCUGGCCAGCCAAUCCCAAAGCUGACUGCAUUCCCUGCAAAGGACACCGAAGAGGUGAGCACCGGUCCAGGCCACCAAGGUGAAGAAAGCGAUGGACUAGGUUAUUACGAGGAUGGGGUCAAAAGAACCCUGACCGAUGAGCAAAUCCAAAUGUUUCGGCACUCGGAGAUCCAACGCUUGCUGAGCGAGAGGAGAGCUGCACGGGAGAAGGAGGAAAAACAAAGAUUGAAGAAAGAAAAGGCUACACCUAGACCUGGCAACGUUAACCGCAGGAAGCACCGCUGGGCCGAUCAGCCUGGAAUGCAAGACACCCCCAUCGAGGCGUCCAUGUACGACGAUGUACGGGAGGACAAUGCCGACUCAGGAACCACUCCGAAGAAGUUCUUAUGGCCCAAGCUGGGGCAGGUCUGA